CAGGGAAGUGGUUUGAUUGCUUAGAAUGCAAUCUAGUGGCAAUUCAGGCAGAGAUUUUCAAUUCAUCUCUUGGUUCUGUGCAAUCAUUGAAGAGCAGAGUCGUUCGUCCUAAGAAGUUGUCUCCCAAAUUCAUUGGUCCGUAUCGGAUUUUGAGGCGCAUCGGACCAGUGGCGUACGAGAUAGCUUUGCCUCCUCGACUAUCCAACCUUCACCCAGUUUUCCAUGUAUCCCAACUCCGGAAGUAUAUCGCGGAUUCUUCUCAUGUGCUGGAGUUAGAGGACGUUCGUAUUCGUGAAGACCGUUCGAUGGAGAUACAACCAGUUAGCAUUGCUGAGAGUCGAACUAAGUACUUCAAGGGAAAAUCCAUCAGAUUAGUGAAAGUUGUCUGGGACGAGAAGACGGGCGACUCUACAUGGGAAGUGGAAGAUGCCAUGAGAGACUUGUAUCCUCGUCUAUUUUCUGGUAAGCCUUAA